AUGCCCGAGUUUGGGAUGAGUGAUUCGUCGUACUUUGACGCUUCAGACGUGAGUCUGGAGCAUGCGACUUUUCCCCAUCUCACUGGUGUUGAGUUGGAUGCUCUAUAA